UUCUAUUGUGAAUAAACCAUUAUCUCUCAUUCAUAGUGAUGUUUGGGGACCUUUCUCUGCUUCUUCUUCUCCUAUUAAAUACUAUGUUCUUUUUAUUGAUGAUUUUAGUAAAUUCACUUGGAUCUAUCCUUUGUGCUACAAAAGUGAGGUGUUCUCUAAAUUUCAAGAGUUUAAAGUGUUUGUUGAAACUCAAUUUGAAACUACUCUUAAAAUUUUCAAAACUGAUGGUGGUGGUGAGUUCACUACUAAUUAAUUUGAAUCCUUUCUUAAAAAUCAUGGCAUUAUGCAUCAGCUUUCUUGUUCUCACACUCCUCCUCAAAAUGGAGUUGCAGAGAGGAAACAUAGACAUCUUAUCAGUACUACUAUUGCUCUUCUUCAUCAAUAAGCUCUUCCAUUGUCUUAUUGGCUUGAUGCCUUGGCUACAUCUGUUUUUCUUGUUAAUCGACUACCAAGUUCCAAAUUGCAAAAUAGAACUCUUUUGAGAUUUUGUUUCAGCAUGUUCCAGAUUUUACUUUUUUCAAAAGUUUUGGUUGUAGGUGUUUUCCUUGGGUCAAGCCAUACAACUCUCAUAAACUACAACCCAAUUCCAUACCUUGUAUCUUCAUUGGCUAUCAUCCAUCUAUCAAAGGUUAUAGAUGUCUGGAUCCUAUUACAGGUAAAAUUUAUGUAUCAAGACAUGUUGUCUUUGAUGAAACCUUAUUUCCUCUAGUCUCUCAUGUGCCAUCUUCUCUUUCCACUAGUUCUAUGCCUUCUUUUUCCCAGCUGUAUUCUUUCUUUUGGUCCUCUAAAUCUGUUCCUAGUCCAGCUCAGUCAGCUCAGUCUCAUCCUAGUUCAUCUCAGUCAGUUCAAUCUCCUCCUGUUCCUGCAGCUCAGUCUCCUACUGUUCCUAGCCCUUCUCAGUUUUUUUUGCCUCUGCCUGCCUUGGGUUCUGGUUCUAACCCACUCUCUAGCCCUGUGCCUGCUGUCGUCUCUCCUAUAAACCCAGCAAUCUGUCCUGCUACUUCUGCAACAGUCUGUCCUGCUCUUUCUGCAGCAGUGUCUUCUGCUAUUUCUCCUGUGCCUGCUCUACUCUCUCCUGUAGGUCCUGCACAUGCUUCUGUAUCUCCCUCAGCAGCUGCUAUUCAACCUUCUGUUCCAGUUCCUUCUUCUUCUUCCAUUCCUAUUGGCUCUCUUUUUAUUAAUCUCAGUGCCUUCUCUGGUUCAGGCCCAUCCCAUGUUCCUUCUCCUUCUCUUAAUAAACAUCCUAUGUUUACUAGAUCUAAAGCAUCUCACUUCUCUCUUUUUACUUCUUCUAUGGCUUCUCCUGAUCUCUCUCUUGUUGAACCUACUUCUCACACUGAGGCUCUUCAGACUCUAGAAUGGACUCAAGCUAUGAACGAGGAAUUUCAGGCUUUGCAUAAUCAGAAGACUUGGACUUUGGUCCUGCUUCCUUUACAUAAACAUGCUAUUGGCUGUUAAUGUGUUUUCCGCCUUAAGAAAAAUUCUGAUGGCACAGUUGCUCGUCAUAAAGCUCGCCUUGUUGCUAA